UGUUGUUGUUUUUUAAUUAAAGGUUGUGAGAAGAGCAAGAAAUGAGGCAUCCAACUUUAGAUUCAUGUUGAACGAAGCAAUACCAAUAGAGCAUCUCAUUGAUAGAGUCUCUGGUUAUGUUCAUGCCCACACUCUCUACAGUGCUGUACGUCCAUUUGGGUUCAACCUUAUGUUUGGUAGCAGCGGACCAGAAGGACCAAGACUUUAUAUGAUUGAUCCAUCAGGAGUUUACUGGGGUUAUUUUGGUUGUGCAAUUGGUAAAGGGAAGCAAGCAGCAAAGACAGAAAUUGAAAAAUUGAAAUUACAAGAGUUGACUUGUAGGGAAGCAAUCAAUGAAGCAGCUAAAAUUAUAUACAAAGUCCAUGACGAAGUGAAGGACAAAGCCUUUGAACUGGAGCUUAGUUGGGUAGGAGAAGUAAGUAAAGGAUUCCACCAGCUGGUGCCUGAGGAUGUCUUUGCAGCAGCAGAACAAUUUGCAAAGGAUGCUGUGAAGGAGACCGAUUCUGAGGAGGAAGAUUUAUAAAUAUGUCACAGUACUAAUUGAACUAAAGACACCAUCUCUCCUUCUCUCUUAUUAAUUAUUCUUAUAAUUAUUACCAUAGUUAUUAUUAUUAUUGUUGUUGUUAUUAUUAAAAUAGUUCACUGUCUGGAUCUGGUGCUAUAUAA